AUGCCAAUCCAACACCUGCCGUGCAGCAGACCGGGUUCCGCAUGGCGCAUGGAGCGCAUGGGCCCAGUGGCAGGUCUUCACAAGGCCUGGGUGAACCUCAUCCAGAUGGAUGGGAAGCCUCCCUGGCGAUGGACCUCAGGAUACCGAUGGCUGUGUUGGGACUUUGACCAGCAGGUCCUCUACUACACCCUCACCUCCUCGGGACACGCGAUGUGCCAACCUGUGUUGUUCAGAGAGAUCCAGCCAGCGAUGGUGGACAAGGACCAACAUGGGCCAAAACGUCGAGCGUCGGCAGCUUGGGCGGUCUGCCGCCCCGAGUUCCGUGUGACCCUGGAGCUCAGAGCUUGGUCAGCCACGCUCGUGGUCCUGGACGCUGCAGAGCAGCGCCGCUGCCAACAGCUGCUGGCAGCGGCUGCAGGUAGAAGUGAGAGGCUUGGCAGAUCAACGUCGAACUGCUCAACGACGGCGUCAAGUGCCAGCCUACAUGAGAUAGGCUGUGCACCCGCCCGCUGCUCAGCCCCGGAAGUGGGCUCAGGGGGCUUUGGGCGCCCUUCCCUGCAGCGGGAUUCUAGGGAACAUCACGUCAAAUGGACAUCUUUCACGAAGGCUUGUGGCAUGACCGCGGAUGAACGGAAGCAUGCUGACCUAUUGCUGAUCCAUUCCAAGGUUUGGAGCACAUGCCGCACACGCCGCGCGGCAGGCGAAGCAUCGGUGAUGCAGAUGAGCCCCGAGGAGCGGCGGAGAAUAGAUCUGAAGCUGCUGGAGCAUUCUGCGUGA